AUGGAGAGGCUUGCGAAGCUAUACAUCGAGAGGGUUGUUUAUUUGCAUGGUAUUCCGUCGAGUAUUGUUUCGGAUAGAGAUCUGAGGUAUGGUGCUAAGCCUAAUGAGCCGGUUAACGAUGUUAAAACCAUUACCGUUGCGGUGGAUGUUCGACCACAAUUAACAAAUGAUAUGACUUUCGUGUGUCAUGAACAUUUGCUAGAUUGGGUCCGAAAUGAAGCUAGUAAACUUGGAUUUGGCAUUGUGAUAUUAAGGUCCAACAAUGGAAGUAGUAGAAGGAAAGCUUUUGUUGUGUUGAAUUGCGAGAGGGGUGGGAAGUAUGUACGAACAAACCGGGUGUUAAAAUACGAUGACACGGGAUCGAGAAAGUGCGCGUGUCUGUUUAAGUUGCAUGCAACUCGUAGGAUUGAUGGAAUGUGGCAUUUUAGCGUCAUAUGUGGAGUUCAUAAUCAUGCAUUGGAUACUAAUCUACAUGGGCAUCCAAGUGCGUGUCGGUUGUCUAGUGAAGAGAAGGAUGUUAUUUCAAAAUUAUGGACAAUCAAAGUUGCACCGAGAAACAUCCUUGCGAAUUUGAAGCGAAAAACACCAGAUAGUGUUUCAAAUAUCAAGCAAGUAUACAAUGAACGGUACAAUCUUAAAGUUAGGAAAAUGGGGCCGAGGUAG